AUGGAUGAUCAAUCGACACCGAUCUCAUCAAUCGGUGCUAACAACAAUAAUGAUAAUAAUGACGACCUUCCCUUAUCCUCACGUAUCAAUUAUCUUGCAGGUACGACUGUAGGUCUUUACCAUCAACAUUUAGGUCGUUCAAAUUUACCUAUCAGUCAAAGCAAUCUAGUUCAACCCCAUCAGUAUUCAUAUUCCCAGUAUAUGAAUAAAGAUAAAAAAACAAUUGCAAAAGAAAACCUUUUUGACUUACAAGGGAAAACAACAGCUGCUCGUCGUAAAAAAAACCACUGUUGUAUGAAUGUUAAGUAUUUUGCAAUUACAUGUUGGACUAAUAUUACCAAGGGAAACUUUGUUGAAUUUCGUUCCUUUCCACAUCCAAGUAAAGCUCCUGAUCAAUCACGAUCAGGAACACCUGAUAUUCAAUCAAAUAAGAAUGGCAAACGUGCCAUUGAAUCUGCUUGUUUACCACCUCCUAAACGACUUACGGUCCGGGCUGAAGCGGCAGAGCGCCGGGAUAUUAAUAACCAAAUUGCCGAUACAGCUUUAACCAUUGCCGAAGAAGAUGUUCCUGAGGCAAUGAGAUACGUUCGUAAAAAAAUGCCAAAGGAAUUUAUGUACCGUAGUACGAAUUUUCACGAGUCUUUUAAAUACGUGAACAAUGAGGCCCAGGAACUAAAACAAGAUCCAGUAAAGGAAUAUAUGUGGGAUCUCUCGUUUCCUGAUUGUACCAAGGAGCUCCAUACUGCCGUGACAAAUUGGUUAAAUGAGAAUUUUCGUAAUCCUCAUCGACCAAAAUGUCUUGUUAUCAUAGGUCCUUCAGGAGUUGGCGAACAUGAGCAUUUCCAUAAGGCUCCAUCAGCAUCAGCGUCAGGUACAAUGGACGCACCUAUUGUUAACCAUCAUCGUCCACUACUAGGUCAUCCAGAUGAAUUUGCAGUAGCACAACGUGAGUGGCUCGACGCACAAAAUAAACGUCGAGCAGCAGUAGUGAGUGAUCCGUUAGUUCGAUCAUCAGGUAUGGAUGUAGAGGUGCUUUCCGAUGAUUCCGAUAUCGAAAUGUUGUAG